AGAAAGUAGGAUUUUAAGGUUGGCCUACGUUGCCUGUUUUCAGUCAGCUUCCUUGAUUUCAUCAGUUUACUUGGAAUCUAGAGAUCUAGAUUAGAUCUUAAUACUUAGAUCGAGAUCUACUACAUUUCUAUCUUAAUUAAAAUCAAUGUCUUGGUUCCCAGAGAGGAGACAAAAAACAUGGGUUCAAAGAGCCUGCGAAACAAUUAUCACUGCUGGCCCUGUUCCAAAACAUGUUGCUAUUAUCAUGGAUGGCAACAGGCGGUUUGCUGUAAAAAAGAGUAUUGCUAAAUCUGAAGGACAUCUGAAAGGUUUUGAUAAACUAGCAGAGACUCUAGAAUGGUGCUUGGAUUUAGGCAUUACAGAAGUCACUGUGUAUGCAUUCAGCAUUGAGAAUUUUAAAAGAUCCUCAGAUGAAGUCAAAUAUUUAAUGGAACUUUCAAGACAGAAGUUUGCAAGACUUUUACAAGAAAGAGAUCUUAUUCAUAACAACGGAGUAUGUGUACGAAUUAUUGGAGAUAUAACACUUCUUCCUCGAGACUUACAAGAAUUACUGGCUGAAGCUGUUGCUAUAUCAGCAGAAAAUAAAAGAGCCAUCCUAAAUGUGUGUUUUGCCUAUACUGCUAGAGAUGACAUGUGUAUGGCAAUGAGAGAACUAGCAUCAGGAGUGAAAGAGGGUUAUAUAUUAAAGAGUGACAUCUCUGAGAGCCUGUUAGAAAAGUGCCUUUACACCUCUCAUUGUGGAAAUGUUGACCUAUUGAUACGCACCUCUGGUGAAUUAAGGCUGAGUGAUUUUUUGCUGUGGGAGAGUUCAUUUUCUUGUUUAGCUUUUGUGAAAGUGUUGUGGCCAGAAUUCAGCAUAUGGCACAUGUAUGCAGCUAUAUUGCAUUAUCAACGCAACUAUAGAAAAAUCCAGAUUGCAAAACAAAACCAGUUAAUUGAACGUGAAAGACUACAAAGAGAAUCAGAUUUCCUUUGUGUGAUGGAAGAAUCCAACCUGAACAAAUGUCCAGACAAGUCCCCCACAUACCUUAGCACCAAUGUUCCUGAGGUGAAGAACACACAGGCUCGUGUUCAGCAGUAUGCCAGCGUGAGAGAGAAGCGCAUAGAAUCCUUUUUGGCCCAUGUGUAUGAAAAAAGAUCAGAUUAUAUCAAAAGCCUGCUCCCAUCACGACCAGUCAUGCUUAACAAGCCUCCCACACAAGUUAAUUGUUAGAAUGAAAUGGACAUUUAUAGUGAGAAGGCUAGGACCUUUUAAUAGAACAUUAUCUAAAUGACUUUCUGACAAAAUGGAAAAAAAGUGGUUCAAUAUUGGACUAGCAGAUCUUCACAGGCUGUGAAUUUAUUAUCAGUAAAGGAAAUUCGUUGUUAUUAUUA